AUGAUUAAAUCUCAGGAACCAGUGACAAUUGAGGAUGUGGUUGUGGACUUCACCCAAGAAGAGUGGCAGCAUUUGGACCCAGCUCGGAAGACCCUUCACAGGGAUGUGAUGCUGGAUACCUGCUGUCAUCUGGUCUCUGUGGUUUUAGUUUUUCAGGAACAUGGAGAAGCCCUGUGGAUUACAGAAAGUGAGUUGUCCAGGUGGAUCUACCCAGGUAAGGAGAAAGGCCUUGAAUCUUUCCAGCAGAUCAUUUGUGGAGAACUUUCAUGUCAAAGGGAGAUAAUGCAAAGAUCCCCAAAGGAUAACUUGUUAUAUUCCAUUUUAAAAGCCUGGCAUAGUGAUACUCUAGAUAGUUAUGAAGGAAACAAAGAUGGAGUUUUGAGGGAGUUCACAGUCAUCAGCCAUGAACCAUUGACUGAGGAGUUUGGAAAAAUGUUCAAUGGGUGCACAGACCUUGAUCCUUUGGGUAAAAAACUCUAUAAUUUUGAUUCAUGUAAAAAGAGCUUAAAAUCUAAUUUGGACUCACUAAAUUGUAAUAGCAGCUAUGCAAGAAAGAACCCCAUUGAGAGAUGGAUGGGAAGACCACCUAGCUAUAGUGCUUUCUGUUCUGUGCCUGAGAAUGAAAGCUUCAUUCAUACUGGAAUGAAGCCCUGUGGAGAUAGUGUAUGUGAAAAAGUUCUUCAUAAUAAGCAAGCCCAUAUUCAGUAUAAGAAAGUUCAAGCCAGAGAAAAAGUCAAUGUUUGUAGUGUGUGUGGGAAGGGUUUUAUCAAGAAGUCACACUUUUUAUACAUCAAUAAAUUUAAUACUGGAGAGAAACCAUAUGUAUGUGGAAAUUGUGGGAAAGCCUUUAGUGAGAAAUCACAUCUCGCUGUUCAUCAUAGGAUUCAUACUGGGGAGAAACCCUAUGAAUGUACUGUGUGUGGAAGGGCCUUCUCCCAGAAGUCACCCUUCAUUGUUCAUCAGAGAGUCCAUACUGGAGAGAAACCAUAUGAAUGUUUUGAAUGUCCAAUAACCUUCUCCCAGAAGUCACAUCUCAUCAUAUAUCAGUGAGUUCAUAACAGAGAGAAGCCCUUUGAAUGUAGUGAAUGUGGGAAAAUCUGUGAGAAAUCUCACCUUUGUAUAUACCGGAUAGCUCAUACUGGGAAGAAACCCUAUGAAUGUGUUGAAUGUGGGAAGACUUUCCCUCAGAAAACACAGCUCAUUAUACAUCAGAGAACGCAUACUGGAGAAAAACCUUUUAAGUGUAAUGAAUGUGGGAAAGACUUGUGCCAGCAGUCCCACCUCAGAGGACAUCAAAGAAUUCAUACAGGAGAGAAACCUUAUAUGUGUACCGACUGUGGGAAGGCCUUUUCCCAGAAGUCACAUCUCACCGGCCAUCAAAGACUUCAUACUGGAGAAAAACCUUACAUGUGCACUGAAUGUGGAAAAUUCUUCUCUCAGAAAUCACUUCUUAUUAUACACCAGAGAAUUCAUACAGUGGAGAAACCCUAUGAGUGUAGAGAAUGUGGCAAAACCUUCUCCCAGAAAUCAUCCCUCAUUAUUCAUCAGAGAAUUCACACCGGAGAGAAACCCUAUGAAUGUACUGAAUGUGGAAGGGCCUUUCCCCUGAAGUCACAUCUCAUUGUACAUCAGAGAGCUCAUACUGGAGAGGAACCACAUGAAUGUAGCAAAUGUGGAAAGGCCUCCUGUGAGAAAUCUCCACUCAUUAUCCAUCAGAGAAUCCAUAGUAGGGAAAAACUCUCUGAAUGUGCUGAGUAUCAGAUGGCCUUUCCCCCCAAGUCACAGAUGAUCACAUAUUGGAGAAUACACACUGGGGAGACACUCUCCAAAUGCAGUGACCCUGGGAAGGCCUUCUUCCAGCAUGCAUACCUCACUGGACAUCAGAAUCCCACUAAAGAAGAAACCUUAUAUAUGUAA